UGCGCGCUAAAAUCCCCAGAACAGCAGACACACAGACGGGCGACACACAUGCAACGAGUGAUAGAUAAGAAAUCAAAACAGGAAAGAGUACGAGUGAAGACAAAAGUUAAUGGAUAUGAAAGAUAGAUAGAGAGGUAGAAUGAAAGAGAGAGGCAGAGAGAGAGAAAGAGGCGGGACGCUGAAAUUAAAGAGUGUUAGAGGAGGAGAAAGGAGGAUGGAGUUUUUUAUCUGACGCCUCGGUCUUAUCAGCUUUUCGUUUCUCCAGCAUCUUUAAAGACAGAGGGCACACACACGUGGAGGGACCCCGAUGCUCACCGGCAGCGUUUUUGGUUCUGAAACACGAGGUCAGAUCUUCAGAAAGCUGCUUACAUGCCAGCAGCCCACAGACGGAGGUGAAUCACAGCAGAUGAGAUUAUGUGUUUCCACUGGCAAGACCUGAUGAAAACUACUGAGUCCUAAGACCACCAGACUCUUUGGGGAUCGCAGAGAAGCCUGGAGGACACAUCAGCGCUGGACAAAAACUUAAAACAAAAGACACUCUUCCUCUGUCUGACAUGCCGCAGAGAGUACCAGCUGCACGGGCUGCAGCAUGAUGUAACCAGCGGCAUGGAUGCUCAAACCAACCCGUCACCGGACUACAAGCAGCUCUGCUGAUACAAGCUUCCUGCUGGUUUGCAAGGCAGCUCAUCUUAACACUGACAUGAAUGUCAGUUCUCCUAAUAUGAACUGCUCCAAUACCAGUGAGAUAAUAGACUACCAGCACCAUUUGUAUGCCGUGGUGUACAGUGUGAUCUUAGCACCGGGCCUGCUGGGUAACGUGCUGGCGCUGUGGGUGUUCAGGGCCUACAUCAGAGAGACCAAGAAGGCCGUGGUGUUCAUGAUGAACCUGGCUGUGGCCGACCUACUGCAGGUGCUCUCUCUGCCUCUGCGGAUCUACUACUACCUGAAUAACUCCUGGCCCUUUGGGUAUUUCUUCUGCAUGUUCUGCUUCUAUCUCAAGUACGUCAACAUGUAUGCCUCCAUCUACUUCCUGGUUUUCGUCAGCAUACGUCGCUGUGAGCUCAUCAUGCGUCCGCUGUUGUACAACUCGGGUCGACAAAAAGGAGACGUGUUAAUAUGUGGGAUCAUAUGGCUGAUCAUCUGUACCGUCUGCCUCGGAUUCCCUCUGCUCAGACACGAUCCUUCCUUGCCCGAAAGGAACGACACAAAUAAGUGUUUCACGGAGCUGCCUCUGCGGAAGGAUAUCGGUCCUUUGGCAAUGUGGGCCCUCUUGAUUUUACUAGAGCUGUUCGGCUUCUUCGUCCCUCUCGUUUUGGUGCUAGGCUGCACGUGCAUGACUAUUUGGAGCCUUCGGGAAAAUACAGCAAAUGCUAUUUCUGACAGAGGGGAGAAAAAGAGAGCGCUGAGGAUGAUACUAAGCUGUGCUGUAGUCUUCUUAGUGUGCUUUGUACCUUACCACGCCACGAUGCCUCUCGACCUUAUGGUCAAAGCUAAGAAAGUUACCAGCUGUGACUUUCAGAAACUGGUUCUUCGAAGUCACCCGGUCACACUCUGCCUGGCCAGCCUGAACUGCAGCCUGGACCCUAUCAUGUACUAUUUCACUACUGAUGAAUUCUGGAGGCGACUGAGCAAGCCAGAGAUACCGGAGAGCAUACAUCUCAGCCGGCGUCUGUCCUGUAUAACCGGAGAACAGGACGAAGAGGAGGACUAAACUUCUGGUGGCGACAGCCUCCCCGCAACCACUAACUGAGACUGAAGACUAUGCAAACUUCAACUUCCUGCAAACUAUGGAAAUAACAUUUAUGCUGAAACGGGAAUGUGAAAAUAUGGAAGUAGAGUUUUAAAAUGUUAUUUUUUUAAACCUAUUUAUUUCUCAAUAAAUGUUUU